AUGAACGAUUACGAAUUUAAAGAUUCACAAGAACAUCUAAGCGAUUUUGAGUCACCGCAGGCGGUGCAUGAUAAUGGGCCGGAAUCACAAACAGCUGAACCAGUGCAUAGGAUUUUUACAACGGGCUCUAAUAAUGAGUAUAUUCAUAUUGGUCGUCAAAAAUUUUUGAAAAAUGAUUUGAUCGAGGCAUUUGGUGGUACGUUGAACCCUGGUUUGGCUCCACCUUCAUUACACAAAUUUGCAAAUCCUGCUCCUUUGGGACUUUCAGGUUUUGCAUUGACUACUUUUGUCUUGUCGAUGUUCAACGCCAAGGCAAUGGGGAUUGUGAUACCAAAUGUGGUAGUAGGGCCUGCUAUGUUUUAUGGUGGUCUAGUACAAUUAGUCGCUGGGAUUUGGGAAAUUGCUUUGGAAAAUACUUUUGGUGGUACUGCGCUGUGCUCCUACGGUGGGUUUUGGUUAAGUUUUGGUGCUAUUUAUAUUCCAUGGUUUGGGAUACUUGACGCAUAUGAGAAUAAAGAAUCAGAACUGGCUUCAGCAUUGGGAUUCUAUUUACUCGGUUGGUGUAUAUUCACGUUUGGACUCAGUGUCUGUACGAUGAAAUCAACCGUAAUGUUCUUUGCACUCUUUUUCUUACUAGGGGUAACUUUCCUGCUCUUAUCCAUAGGAGAGUUUACUGGUAAAGAAAGCAUUGAUAGAGCAGGUGGUGUUGUCGGCGUCAUAGUCUCGUUCAUCGCCUGGUACAAUGCAUUCGCAGGUCUAACGAAUAAACAAAACUCCUAUAUCAUCGCCCACUCCAUACCACUACCAUCAAACGAAAGACAUCUAUAA